UGAGAUCGCGAGUAUAUUCGCAGACGAUAAAAUAAAAGCCACUCGAAAUAUCAAGGAUGCACAAAAAAGACAAAAGGAUACACACGACAGGAAGAUCAGAAUUAUGGCAAACAAAACUGGCGAUAUGGUGCUGGAGUAUCGCUCAGACUUAAAGAACGUACAUGGCGACAAGUUUCAAAGCCGUUGGACAGGACUAUACUAUAUCCAUCGCGUUCUAGGAAACGGGUUAUACAUAUUGAGACGUACUGAUGGGGAAAUAUUUAACCACCGGCCAGUUCACGGAAACCGCCUAAAGUUCUACAAACAAAGGGAUCUCAUAUCACGUGGAGCAACAGGAGGGGCAACAAGAACAAAUAUGCAAGUGACCGAAGGAUUCUAUAAAAGAAUUAACCAAAUUCGCAGAGAAUUAUUAUCAAUUUCAAGAGAAGCACAAAUAGUCCUGAAUAAAACGGGAAUACACCUGAUAGCCGAAGGCAAGACGGUCAACCUGGCGGAACUCGCGAUCA